AUGCCAGCCACAACUAGCUUCAUUAGAGUAACGUCAGAUAAGAGUAUUCCGGUAAGGAUAUUUGUGAAUCGAUCAAAACUCAUUGAAAAUGCGUCUGUUAUAUCAGUGAACGAAAAAUCCAUAGUCAAAUUACAGAAGAUCAAUAUAUUGAAACUAUCGAAUGGAGAUAUAAAUUCGUUGAUAGGGUCAAUACGACACGAAUUGGUGAACGUGUUAACGAGUAAACCUAUAGGUAAAUUGAUAGAGGAAAAUAUUUUGCGAAACAAUCGCAUCGUUAUCGACAUAAAUGAGCACGAAUGGAAAUGCUACAUGAACGUUUCUGUGGACUUUUUGGUCAAUUUGAGGAUCAAUAUAGGUAGAUUGACGAGAGAUGAUAUCGAGCAUAUUAGCAAGAGAAAAGGGAGUAACUUCAGUGUGAGUUUACUAGUGAAAACUAGCAGCUUCAGUUUUGAAGAUGAGAAGAAAUUGACUAAGUAUAAGAUACGGAAGAGCAGCUUGGUGAGUGGAUUUCAUGACGGGCUAGACUUGUAUGUGUACGAUAGGCCCAAAAAAUAG